AUGUGUGUAGUCUCCGAUAGAAAUGAUAUUGAUUCAGAAAAUGACGCAUCUUGGUCUUGGUUUUUUGUACAACUAAGAGAGGCUUAUGGGGAAAGGAGUAAUAUGUGUGUAGUCUCCGAUAGAAAUGAGAGCAUCAUAAAGGCAGUCACAAAAGUGUAUAAAAACGUGCCACAUUAUGCUUGUAUGUGGCACUUGUGGUGUAAUGUAGAGAAGAAAUUUAGGAAGGCAUCAAAGGAGCUAAGUCCUGUGUUUUAUACUAUGGCAAAAACUUGCAGUAAAGUUGAGUUUGAUAGGUUGAUGGAUACUGCAGAAAAGGUUGAUGUAGGUGUCAAAGAGUAUUUGGAGCUAGCUGGAUAUGAUAAGUGGUCAAGGUGUUAUGCAGAAACUCAUCGGGGAUGGGCUAUGACGUCUAACAUUGCAGAGAGUAUAAAUGUUGCAUUAGUGUCUCCACGUGAAUUACCAAUUUUUAAUUUUCUAGAAGAGGUUAGACUGAUGUUUGGGAGAUGGAAUCAUGACAACAAACACGAGGCAGCCUGCACAUUUACUCCGUUGAUUGGAAAAUUUCAGAAGAUACUGAUCGAAAAUGAAGCAAUGAGCACACAAAUGAGGGUUGUGCCGUCAACUGAAUAUAUAUACAAUGUGACUGAUGAUGGUAGGAGUUUUGUGCGAAAAAGUCUAGUGGCUGAUGGAUAUUGCUCGGAUUUGUAUAAACCAAAGACGGUUUUGAAGAUUUAUGAGAUACCAAUUUAUCCAUUGCCUGAUGUAGCAGAAUGGGUGAUACCUGAAUACAUAAUGUAUGAUGAAGUCCGGCCUCCAAAAUUCAAAAGACCUCCAGGAAGGCCAAAAAAUAAACCCCGUUCAAAAACAAAACGUGAAUUGCUUGGUCUCAAAGGGAAGCAUACGUGUAGCACAUGUGGAGUUGCAGGUCACAAUAGGCGUUCAUGCAGAAACAGACCUCAAGAAGUUUAA